CCAGCACAACAAUGGCUGUCGCUCUUCCUAUGGAAUCAAACCCCGAAACCAUGAGUAAGUAUCUGCACUAUCUAGGAGUCUCUGACAAAUGGCGUAUGGUGGACGUCAUCGGGUUGGAAGGUGAAGCGCUGUCCUGGGUACCGCGGCCCGUACUUGCUGUGAUCCUCCUGUUCCCUAUGUCGGAUGCUUAUGAAAAACACCGAGCCACUCAAGAAAUCGAGUUUGAGAAAAAGAAGGAACAAACACCAAUAGAUAUCUUUCACCUGAAACAAGUUAUGAGCGAUAUUUGUGGUACCGUGGCUUUAGUUCACAGCAUCGCCAACAAUACGCAUAAGAUUGACUUGAAAGAAGACGGGCUUUUGCAAAAAUAUUUGGAUAACGCCAAGGGAUUAGAUUCAGCAGCGAAAGGAGCUCUGCUGGAGAAUACGACAGCUCUUUUCAAUGUCUACAAGGAGAUUGUUGCUUCUGAAACUACCGGCGGCGGGCAUGAAGAGGAACCCGUUAGCAACCACUUUGUAACCUUUGUCCACAAAGAUGGAAAAUUGUACGAGUUGGAUGGACGCAAAACUAUGCCUAUCGGUCACGGACCUUCGACUCCCGAAACUCUGCUCGAGGAUGCCGCUAAGGUCUGCCGUGAAUUUAUUGAAAGAGAGUCUGGCAAUAUUUGCUUCAAUGUUGUCGCUCUUGUUCCGGCGGAGUGACGACUUGAUUAAUUUACUCAUUAUUAAUGCUAUAACCUUUCUGUUAUUGUUAGGAUUUAUUAAUUAAUAAACGUU